GGUGGACUUAUAAGAGCUCGCGAACUUGGCUCCGUUUUAGCUACAAUUCGGUUACACCUAGGAUGCAUUGAAUAGGCUAAUAAUUUAUUCAUUUUCAAAAAUAGAUUUAAGAUAAGGAAGGAAAAUGCUGAUCAGUAAUUAUAAAUGUUUAUGAUAUUAUUUUAUAAUUAGUUGUUUUAAAUAGUAAAUUCAAACAAUUAGCUAAUCAAUUAUACAUUAUUUCUUUUUCUUUUUUUUCUUUUCUUUUCUUUUUUUUUUUUUUUUGGAAUAGCGAGAUUUUAAUAAAAUGUGGUCGUGUGUAUUCACAUAUUCAUUAAUAGUUUGCCUCCUCGCUGAAACAUCUGCUCACUGGUUUGAGACUGAGGAGACUGUACCUGAACGGCUGAAUGAACGCACCGCUGGACGAGUGGCCAAAAGGAGUGAACAACAGCCCAGCUUCAGACUCACGGCUUUCGGACGGAAUUUCACCCUGAAUUUGACACCGGACAGCACCUUUAUAUCGCCAGCAAUGAAGGUUUAUCGCAUCAAAGCCACACCACUAAAAAGACUUGAGUCAGCUAGCAAGCUGACAGAUCUUUACAAGUCAUUGAAUCAAACAGAAGAGACUGGAGCAGAAUUAUUAAAAGGCUGUUUUUACACCGGCUCUGUUGACUCCAAUGAGGACUCUAUUGUUUCAGUCAGUUUAUGUCAUGGGAUUUUAGGAUCAUUUAUCACAGAUGGUAAAGAAUAUCUAAUCGAACCCAAACUUCUCGGCUUGGGAACAUCUGGAAAGUUAACUGAGCAGCUGCAUGUCAUUAAAAGAAGAAGUUUUACGAAGUCCCCUCAGGUGUCUGAGCCGCUGUCAGAUAUCAGAGAUGACGAUCAGAAUUUGAUGUCUAGACGCAGGCGUUUUGUCUCUACUCGCAGGUUUAUUGAGACUUUGGUGGUCGGUGACGCUUCCUUGACACAUUUCUAUGGAGACGAGAUCAAGCACUACAUGCUGACCUUGAUGUCAGUGGCUGCUCAGAUUUACAAGCAUCCCAGCAUUAAGAACUCAAUCAACAUAGUGCUUGUGAAGAUGCUGAUCGUGGAGGAUGAAGAGGUUGGUCCGUCCAUCUCCAGCAAUGGAGGCGUCACUUUGCGCAACUUCUGUGCCUGGCAACAGCUGUUCAACCCGCCCAGCCACAGGCAUCCUGAGCACUUCGAUACAGCCAUACUUUUUACUAGAGAGGACAUCUGUGGACAUCAGAGUUGUGACACUUUGGGUGUAGCUGAUGUUGGAACCAUGUGUGACACCAAAAGGAGCUGUUCUGUGAUUGAAGACAAUGGCCUUCAGGCUGCUUACACGACUGCACAUGAGCUAGGCCAUGUUUUGAGUAUGCCUCAUGAUGACACUAAGAACUGUGAGCAGCUUUUUGGAUAUCUUGACGAUCACCAUAUCAUGGCCCCUGUAUUCACUCAGCUCAGUAAGACCUUGCCUUGGUCUCCCUGCAGUGCUUUGUACGUCACAGAGUUUUUCGACAAUGGACAUGGAGACUGUUUACUGGACACCCCUGAGACGACAGUGGCUUUACCCACUGAGCUGCCAGGCAUAACUUACAGCCUGGACCGCCAGUGUCAACAGAUAUUUGGAGAGGAGUUUUCACAUUGUCCCAACACUUCAGCCAGUGAGGUGUGCGGACAGCUCUGGUGCCAGGGAGAAGGGCAGUCUGUGUGCACAACCAGGAACGGGAGUCUUCCCUGGGCAGAUGGCACGAGCUGUGGCCCCAACAGGACCUGCCUGAACAGUGCAUGCAUGUCCUCUGAGGAAGUCAUGAGGCCUAAGCCGGCUGUGGAUGGUGGCUGGGGUGAGUGGGGACCAUGGGAACCGUGUUCCAGAUCAUGUGGAGGUGGAGUAAUGUUCUCCUACCGAGAGUGCACCCGGCCAUCUCCUCAAAAUGCUGGAAAAUACUGUGUGGGCCAGAGAGUGAAGUAUCAGUCCUGCAACAAACAGGCUUGUGAGAAUAACCGAGGGAAAAGUUUCAGAGAGGAACAAUGCGAGAAGUACAACAAUCCAAAUCAUUUUGAUGUUCAUGGAAAUGUGAAGCAGUGGAUACCUAAAUACACUGGAGUAUCGUUGCGGGAUAGGUGUAAACUCUUUUGCAGAGCAAGGGGCAGCAGUGAAUUUAGAGUGUUUGCAGCUAAAGUAAUUGAUGGAACCUCAUGUGGUCCAGAUACCACUUCAUUUUGUGUGCAAGGCCAGUGUAUCAAAGCCGGUUGUGAUCUGGAGAUUGAUUCUAAUAAGAAGAUGGAUAAAUGUGGCGUAUGUGGUGGAAAUGGGCAGAGCUGCAGGAUGAUAUCUGGCUCAUUCAAUAAAGUCAUAAAUGGAUAUAGUGACAUUGUGACGAUUCCAAGUGGAGCCACUAACAUUGACAUCAAACAGCAGAUCCAUAGAAGUAUACCACACGAUGGGCAUUACCUGGCUGUACGAAGAGAAAAUGGUGAUUAUAUCUUGAAUGGCAACUUCUCUGUAUCCACAGUGGAGCAGUAUAUUCCAGUGCUGGGGGCUGUGCUGAAGUACAGUGGCUCAUCCACCACACUGGAGAGACUUCAGAGCUUCCACCAGCUACAGGAACCAAUCACAAUACAGCUGCUCUCCACCGCUGGGGAAACCAUCCCACCGAAGGUCAAAUACAACUUCUACAUCCCCAAAACCAUAACUUUUAGCAAACCCAAAGACAAAAAAAUUGCUGGCAAACUGAUUCAUCCAUUUGGGGUGCCACAGUGGGUCUCGGGCGAGUGGUCUGAAUGCUCCAAAACUUGUGGUUCAGGAUGGUCCAGGAGAAAUGUGGAAUGUAAAGACAAUGCUGGUUUUUAUUCAAACCACUGCAAUAAAGAUCUCAGACCCUCUGAUAUCAGGCCCUGCGCUGACCUGCCAUGUCCUAUAUGGCAAAUAGGGCCUUGGUCUUCAUGCUCACAAACUUGUGGCCACGGGGAUCGCCAGCGUAGGAUUCUCUGCAUUGAUUACGCUGGCAAAAUUGUGGAACCGAAGAACUGUGACCCUGCCAAGAUGCCUGAAUCAGUAUCUGAAAGGUGUUUCUACCAAGAGUGUUGAGGACAUCAUGCAGACUUUCAAAUUAUUCAGAGGUGAUAAAAUGCUCCAGAAACAAUAUAAAGAUCAUCAUUUGACCGUGAACAGGUUGGAGCAGGAAAUAUUUCGCUUUAGAUGGAAAUUUGAGCUUUUAUGAAUUUUGCACGGACUGAUCACUUUGGGUUUGGUUUUCCAGAUAUAGACGCAAUCUAAAUAUAUAUAUAUAUUUAUAACCACUAAGUUUGAUCUAAUAGAUCUCUACCUCAGCAAGCAAUGCUUUCUUGUAGUUUCCUUAACUUCUGUCGCCUAAUUGCUUUCUUAGAGCACUCCACAUAAAUUAUUUUUCAAGUAUGUCAUAUUAAAGAUUCUCAACAGUACGACAGUAAAUCAUUUCAGACAUAACAUUAAUGUCAGGCUGACUUUAUUUUAAAUAAGGACAGAAAUCAGUUCCAAUUUUUUUUGUAUGCCUAUUUGUACAUUCAGAUAUACCAAAAACUUUUGGAAUUACUAAAUUAUUAUUAUUUUUUUUUACUUUGAAUGGAAAGUCGCAAUGCAGGUGAUAUCAUUCUUUUUUAUUGAUUUACUUUGUGAUUGGGUCAGUAAUUUUUGAUUUUAGAUGAUUAAUUUUAGAUUAGUUAUUUUAUUUUAUUUUAUUUUUUUAUAAACCUUGGCUUGCAUUUAUCAGAGUCUUAUUUUCCCUUUCAGCGUUGAAGUGUAUCAAAAACACUUGAUGAAGCAUGAUCAUAUACAUUUUUAUAGCUAUUUUCAAGUAUAUUUAAAACUGUAUCAGAGGUUAAGAGUGGUUGAGCCUAAUUUAUAUUCUGGAACAUUAAUAAUUAAAGAUAGGUAAUUAGAUCUAGCUUAUGAAACUACUUAAAAAAAUUCCUUAAAAAACAUAAUGUUUGUUUCCAUUCAGAAGGUUGUAUAACUUAUGAUUUACUGUAGCUGUUAUUUGUAUUAAACACUGUUUUAUUUCAAAAGUGCACAUAACAAAUUGUUGUGAAUUGCUAUGUGAAUGAAAAACUGGAUGUUUGGAAAGAUCAGUCCUUACUGGUUUUUCAUACUUCAUGAGUUGAAAUAUCUGAAAGCUUGAAAGAACUGUGUAGAUGUAAACGAAAUAAAGAAGAAGAUGAAGAAAAAAAGUACAACAUAAAACUAAACUGAUAAAUGGUUAAUGCUCCUUUAAAAUGAUUACACACACACACACACACACACACACACGUUUGUUUUUGUGAAAAGUGGGUUCAUCCCAUAGGCGUAAUGUUUUUUAUACUGUACAAACUGUAUAUUCUAUGGGCCUACACCAACCCUACACCUAACCCUAACCCUCACAGGAAACUUGUGCAUUUUUACUUUCUCAAAAAAACUCAUUCUGUAUGAUUUAUAAGCGUUUUGAAAAAUGGGGACAUGGGUUAUAACCUCAUAAGUCACCCUCAUCUUGUAAUACCUGUGUCAUACCCAUGUCAUUAUACAGAGUUGUGUCCUGAUAUGUCAUAAAAACAAGAGCACACACACACACACACACACACACACACAUAUAUAUGAAUGUUAAUAUGGUAUUGACCAUCCCAGCUGUAGUCAUAUUAGUCAUAUUAAAAAUGCGAUAAAAUAUAUGAUCCCUUCAGUGAAGGAUUGUACUUUGUUACUUCUUCAUUGUAAAGUUAUUUAUUUUUGUAAAUUUUUAUUGUAUAAAAUGGGAUACAAAUUAUGCAGUGUUUCCAGAUGUUGCUUUCCUUUUGUUUUGUAACUUAUCAAUGAAAUGUCUGAAAAUAAAAAUGCUCAAACAU